UACAUAGCUAACUAGAAAACCAUGUUGUCUAACGACCCGACUGCGAAACCUCAUGCGGUGUGCUUCCCGAGUCCUGCUCAGAGCCACAUCACUGCAACCCUGAAGCUCGUGAAGCUCCUUCACUGGAAGGGCUUCCACAUCACCUUUGUCAACACGGAGUUCAAUCAUAGACGCAUGGUCAGAGCUAAAGGAGGCCCAAGUUUCCUCGAUAGUCUCCCAUUGGAUUUCCAGUUUGUGACAAUUUCUGACGGGCUCCCUCCUUCGGAUGUAAAUGCGACUCAGGAUCUCGAAGCUCCGUGCGAGUCCGCCAGGAAUCUUAUGAGAGCUCCCUUCGCCGACCUAAUUGGACGUCUGAACGAGAGGGCGGGACUUGACCCGAAUUUUCCAGCUAUUUCGUGCAUUGUAUCUGACUGUCUCAUGACAUUCUCGACGAUUCCCGUCGGCAAGAAAUUCGGAGUCCCGGUUAUCAACUACUGGCCUAUUUCUGCAGCAGUCGUCAUGUGCUUCUUGCAAUAUCCAGAGCUUUUGGAGAAGGGGUUCACGCCACCCAAAGGUAUUAAAAAUUAUUAUUUCUUGCAUGCGAAGUUAAUUAGAGAACUAGGGCUUCGGGCCCGUAAUUAAAAAAAAGAAAAAAAGAAAAAUUAGAGUACCCCACAUAAAACAAAAGUCGCUUGAAAAAGCUACAAACAUGUCAAGAUAAAUCAAAAUGUAAGGUAGUGAAAGAGUCUUGUUAUAAGCUCCAAACAUUGUUACUUUAAAUAGUUUAGUUUAUCUUUUUCUUAAGUAAGAUAACGAAUUCAAAUAUUGUGAAUAUAAAAUAUUUAUGAUUGAGAGAAUUCUACCUCUUAAUGUACUAAUUCAUCUCUAAUUUGAAUUAG